AUGUCAGCGUCGGCGACUCUUGAAUAUGCUUCUCAUGCGCCAGAACCACUCCCGUAUCCGCGACUAUCAGGAUACCAUCUAUUACCCUCGCAAACUCCAGACUAUCUGAGACUCAUCCUGACCUCCAAAGUCUACGAAAUCCUAAAGGAGACACCUCUUGUUUUCUGCACCAAUCUCAGUGCACGAUUUGGGAAUCAGAUAUAUGUGAAGCGGGAGGACCUUCAAGAGGUCUUCAGCUUCAAAAUUCGCGGCGCGUACAAUUUCAUGGCAAGCCUGACGGAGGAAGAACGCUGGAAGGGCGUCAUCACUUGUAGCGCGGGCAAUCAUGCCCAGGGCGUUGCUCUAUCCGGUUCUCGACUAGGCGUUCCGUGCACCAUCGUGAUGCCGAAGGGUACACCUUCUAUCAAAGUCCGAAAUGUCUCCCGGCUCGGUGCAAAAGUUGUCCUCUACGGGCAAGACUUUGACGAGGCGAAGGCUGAAUGCGCACGCCUGGCGGAGACGCAUGGCCUCACGUUUGUCCCACCGUACGACGAUCCGCUCGUCAUCGCCGGCCAAGGGACGAUAGGCAUGGAGAUCCUCAAGCAGUUUCCUGAUGCAGAUAGUCUCGAUGCCAUUUUUGCCGCCGUUGGCGGGGGCGGUUUAGUUGCUGGAGUCGCUGAAUAUGUCAAGAGGAUCGGGUCGCCGAAGACCAAAGUUAUUGGUGCGGAGACUCUGGAUGGCGAUGCCAUGGAUCGGAGUCUCAAGAAAGGACAGCGAGUCACGUUGGAUGAAGUUGGACCAUUCAGCGAUGGUACAGCGGUGAAAAUUGUCGGCGCAGAACCAUUCAGAAUCUGUCAACAGUUACUGGAUGGUGUAGUGAAGGUCGAUACCGAUGAACUAUGUGCAGCUAUCAAAGACAUCUUUGAAGAAACCCGAUCAAUCACUGAGCCUGCAGGUGCCCUCGCUUUGGCAGGACUGAAGCGGUACAUUGUAGACAAUGAUCUCACUGGUGCCCAGAAAAAGUUCGUCGCAGUUAUUAGCGGCGCCAAUAUGAACUUCGACCGCCUUCGGUUCGUCGCAGAACGUGCUGAACUGGGUGAGGGCCGGGAGGCGCUUCUUAGUGUUGAGAUACCCGAAAAACCUGGAAGUUUCGUGCAACUUCACAAUGUCAUUCACCCUCGUGCAACCACCGAAUUUAUCUAUCGGUAUAAUAAUCCUGAGCGGGCUCAGAUCUACCUAUCUUUCAAGCUAGAAAGCACGUCUAGGGCAAAGGAAGUAUCGGACCUUCUCGCGGCUCUGGAGCGGCAGGGUAUGAAGGGUUUUGACAUUAGUGACGACGAGAUGUCGAAGACGCAUGCCCGUUAUAUGAUCGGCGGUAGACAAAACGUUUCUAAUGAGCGAGUAUUUAGGUUUGAAUUCCCCGAAAGACCCGGAGCGCUCCGCAAGUUCCUGCUCGGUCUGCAGUCCGAUUGGAACAUCUCGCUCUUCCAUUACCGCAACCACGGUGCAGAUUUGGGCAAAGUGCUUGCUGGUAUCCAAGUCUCCAAGAGCGACUCCCAGGCCUUCGAUACCUUCCUCAACAACUUGGGGUAUCCUUAUGUCGAAGAGACAAAUAACGAGGUUUAUAAGCGUUAUCUCAAAGGCUGA